UUUCACCUUUCACUCUCCUUUUUCCAUUCCUUCACCUGUAAAACCCCUUUGGUUUCUCUUUCUCUUUACUCUCUCUAUAAGAGAAAUCCAAACAGCUUUCUCUCUCUCAACACCCACAUUCAUUCAUUAUUUGCUUCAUCGCAUGAAAAAAUCACGAGAUCCCCACUAAUUUCUAUCUUCCCCUAUUCAGAAAGACUCCUCCUUUAUCUCUCCGCCCUCCGCCAUCGUUGCUGCUUGUGCUGCCCCUGUUUGCAUUGCCGAGAAAUUGCACCUCCUUGACCAAUUUCAAAGAGGCUCGUCUUGUAUAUAUACGUGUAAUGGUAAAGGGGAAAGAGAGAGAAGGUAAGUUGGGGGAUUGUGCGGUGUGAACGGAAAAAAUGUCGUCACAGUCGGGGAGGAAUAAACAGGAUUUGGGGCUGGCGUCGCUGUCGGAUCGGCUGAGGAACGCCUUAGCCCGCGACGGAGAAGAUAGCGGCGUGAAUGCCGAUAAACCGGACUUUCGGGAACUCGAUCUGGGCUCGCCCGUCUCGCCGCUUCGGACCCGGACCGGCGGUGGCACCGCCGCGACCGCCACCACCACGAGCAGCAGCUCCAGCUCGUCGGAAUCGGUCUCUGGCCGAAACUCGGGCGGGUACAACCCGAGUGCACUCAGAAAGUCCGAUUCGCACCCGAACAGCCACUCGGGCGAACUCUCCGCCGAGAGCUCGCCGCCCGCGAUCCGGAACCCUCGGCCGGGACACACCCGGUCUGACUCAUCCGGGUCGUUUAAGCAUGUGUACUCUGGGUCCGGAUCCGGGUCCGUCUCCGUCACGUCCCCGCCCGUAAAUCUUCUCCCUACCGGCAACAUCUGCCCCUCGGGCCGGGUUUUGAAAACCGGCAUGGCCAGCCGGUCCACGAAAACAGAUGUCUUGGGCUCUGGCUCGUCCGUGAACUAUGGCCAUGGCAGCAUAAUGCGUGGUGGGCCCGCAUCCAAACCGGGCCUCGACAGUGGGCCCACGCACUACCCGAGGGGCCCGAUGGUUGGUGGGAGAUCGGUGUUCUCUGGAGGCGGUGAUCCGGAGGAGUUAAAGCGGCUGGGAAAUGAUUGUUACAAAAAGGGUAAUUUUGCAGAAGCUCUGAGUCUUUAUGACAAGGCUAUUGCCAUUUUACCGAGCAAUGCUGCUUAUCAUUUUAAUCGUUCGGCAGCCCUAAUGGGGCUGAAGCGUUUGCCGGAGGCCGCCAGAGAAUGUGAAGAAGCCAUUAGAUUGGACCCAAGCUAUGUGAGAGCGCAUCAUAGAUUGGGAUCUCUGCUUCUCAGUUUAGGAUAUGCUGAGAAUGCAAGGAAGCAUAUUUGCUUUCCUGGGCUUCCGCUGGACCCUACAGAUAUGCAAAAGCUUCAAUGCAUAGAGAAGCACCUGAGCAAAUGUGCUGAUGCUCGAAAAAUUGGUGACUGGAAAAGCACAUUGAGAGAAGUAGAUGCCGCCAUUGCCUCGGGAGCCGAUGCUUCGUCUCAUCUUUGGGCUUGUCGGGCAGAAGCUCUUUCGAAACUCCACCAAAUAGACGAAGCUUUUUUGUCUCUGUCAAACAUCCCCACAUCCACUCAGUGUAUGAGCUUCUAUUCCCAGUCGCGGAUAUUUGGUAUGCUUCUAGAAGCUUACGUGUAUGUCGUCAGGGCCCAGGUCGAGUUAGCCUUGGGAAGGUUUGAUAGUGCUCUUUCGGCAAUUGAGAAAGCUGGCGAGAUUGACCAUCGUAAUGUUGAAAUCUCGAUUUUGCUUAACAAUGUGAGAUUGGUGGGCCGUGCGCGUGCCCGUGGGAAUGAUUUGUUCAAAUCCGAGAGGUUUACCGAAGCUUGCUCGGCUUAUGGAGAAGGCCUCAGAUUAGACCCCACAAACUCUGUUCUGUACUGCAAUCGAGCUGCGUGUUGGUUUAAGCUUGGCCAGUGGGAACGCUCAGUCGAUGACUGUAAUCAAGCCCUUCGUAUUCAGCCGAGUUACACGAAAGCUUUGCUAAGAAGGGCUGCUUCUAACUUCAAGCUCGAAAGAUGGAGUGAAGCUGUGAGAGAUUACGAGGUUUUGAGGAGGGAACUUCCGGAUAACAAAGAAGUUGCCGAAUCGCUUUUUCAUGCACAAGUCGCUUUGAAGAAAUCGCGCGGAGAGGAAAUAUAUAACAUGAAAUUUGGUGGUGAAGUCGAGUCUGUCUCGAGCCUCGAGCAGUUUCGGGCCGCGAUUUCUUCACCUGGUGUAUCUGUGGUACACUUCAAAACGGACUUGAGUGUAGAGUGCGGAGAAAUAUCCCCGUUUCUGGACAUUCUUUGCACCCGAUAUCCAUCUAUUAACUUUCUCAAGGUGGAUAUCGAAGAAAGUACUGCAAUAGCUCAUGCCGAGAAUGUUAGAAUAGUACCAACUUUCAAGAUUUACAGAAAAGGCAUUCGAGUUAGGGAAAUCAUUUGUCCUUCUCCAGAGGUUUUGGAGUCUUCUGUGAAGCAUUAUAGCUAUUAAGAAGACCUUUUUAUGAUCGGUACAACUUAUUAUGCCUCUAAUUUCAAAACGCCCCACAUAAUAUAUUCAUCCUCUACUCGGUUUAGAGGGCCAAUUUUACCAAAUGCCAGUGCAUUCAAGAAAGAUAUAGCUAUUAUAGUAGUACCCUUUUCUUAUCUAGUUCUAUUUUUCCUUUAUUUUCUAGCCGAUACAUUAUUUGAUCCGAUUCCAUCUUAUUUGCUCGUUUUGUUUCAUUCUCGUUAGUAACUAUUUUGAACCUAUUUUCUUGCCAUUGCCCUCUAGAGAAAGUAGUGAGGAAUUAUGUAAUAUUAGUUGCCUUGAUGAUAUGUUAGUUGAAAUUUAGUGAACAAAAGGGGUUGCGAGAGAGAGAGAGGGAGAGAGAGAGAGAGAGAGGAUCUGUAGAAUGUAUACAAUAAAAACUGGAGGCCCCUAUUGAAGGAAGAAACUGAGCUGGAUUGUGUGGUGGUUGAGAAGGAUGAAAAUGGUGAUGAGG